AGAAACUCCCCAGUGAAAAGCAAAGAGCACAACUGGAAAUAUCUUCACACUCCACAGGUUUCAUCCAGCAGGUUACAGGAUGAAGAUGAUCUCCAGCAUCCUGCUGCUCCUCAUCCUCAGCUCAUGUCUCUGUGCAGCAACAUUUGUAGUGAAUGUGACACAGAGCAGCUAUCAGGCAGAGGAGAACCACAGCAUCACUCUGGAGUGGACCUUCACCACCAAGACUCAGGGAUCCUACAGGGAACUGUUCAUUUAUUGCAGCGUGGUGGCUCAUAAAGAAUUGAUCUUCUAUCAGGUCCAUAAUGGUGUUGAGAUUCCAGAUUCUCAGGAUAAACAGUUUUCAGGACGAGUCCAGAGUGACAAAGACGUCCUCAGAGAAGGACGAAUCAGACUCCAUGUGUCCAGACUGAGGACUGAAGACUCUGGUCAGUAUCUGUGUGUAGUGAAAACUGAAGACGGUUCCGACAAGGAAAAAUGUCAACUCAACGUUCAUAAAAUCAUCUCAGCUGUUCCUGGACAGAAGGUCUCUCUGCCAUGCCAACUCCCCAACAACAAACCUGCUGUGGAUGUGGAGUGGACCCGAUCAGACCUGGAACCAGAAGAAAAUGUCCUCCUGUUCAGAGGUGAUCAGCCUGAUCCAGAGAACCAGCAUCCAUCUUUUAGGAAGCGGGUGGAGCUGCAGGACAGACGGAUGAAGGACGGAGACGUGUCUUUGCUUCUGAGCAACGUGAUGCCCAGCGACUCGGGAAAAUACGAGUGUCGAGUUUUUAAGAGAGAAUCAUCUGGUAGGAAGACAAUCAAUUUCAACUCUGAAUACAUCAGGACUGUCUUCCUGGAUGUGGCGCCUCCUACAGAAAACAAGGUGGGAAGAGAAGAAGAUGGAAGCAGAAACAAAGAUGUUGGAUUGAUUAUUGGACUGAUUAUUGGAGCCAUUCUGAUCGCUGCACUGAUUAUUGGUUUGAUUAUUUGUUAUGUUAUUAAAAAUAGAAAAAGAGAAGAAGCAGAUGAUAAAUAGAUCACCAAACUCACAGUGAGAGUUGAGAACCGUUCUGAUCCUCAUGUUGAUCAUCAUUUGGAGGAUCAACAUCCUCCAAAUGAUGGAGGAUGUUGAUGGAGCUCAACAUCCUCCAUCAUUUUUUUAUUUUUUAUUUAUUUAUGAUUUUCAAGAAUAAACAGGCAAAUUAGAGGACAAAACAACAAGGAUAAAAAUAAAAAAACAAAUAAAAAAAACAAAACAAAACAAAAAAACUAACCAGAGUCAUCAAAACAAAAGUUCACAGAACAGAACAAUCAAAACACUGUCAGCUAACAAAGGGUCUGAUAAGAGGAUAAAA